AUGGAGGUCAGAGAAAUGGAAGGAUCCAGCUACGGACAGCGUCCAGGUGUAGGUGACCAGUCACGUCCUGGCAAUUCUUACUACACAAACCAUCAUUCCGGCUCCAACGUAAAUGAUCAUUGGUACCCUGGAGACCAAGUCCACAAGUAUUCAAACAAUCGACAGUACCCUGGUGUUAGUGACAGAUCGUACACUGGCAAUAGUGACCGGUCGUACUCUGGCAACAGUAAUCAAUCGUACCCUGGCAACAGUGACAGAUCAUACCCUGGCAACAGUAAUCAGUCGUAUCCUGGCAACAGUAAUCAGUCAUACCCUAACAACAGGGACCGAUCGUACCCUGGCAAUGGUGAUCGAUCAUACCCUAGUAUUAGUGAACAGUCGUACCCUGGCAGUAGUGACAGACAGUUCCCCAGUGUCAGUGACCGAUCAUACCCUAGUGUUAGUGACUCUUCUGACAUUGCAGACAGGGGAGGUCACUCUAACCGAACUCAUCCGCCAUCCCAGUAUUCAGGUCAUCAUCCCCAUCCUCAUCAACUCAUUAGGGUAGGUAAUUCCAGUGAACAAAUCUAUCGUAACCGAGAACCUGACUAUAAUUCUGACAGAAGGACUGCUUUUUCGUGUGGUUUGCUGUCCAAAGAGAAUGUUCCUUCAACUGAUGAAAUGGUGGGAUUUUCAGCAAUGAGAGCAGUUAACACAUGUAGCUAG